AUGCUUUCUUUCUUCACCUCAAAGAAGGCCGUGGCUCGCAACCGCGAGCUCGGUCCCGGCGGUAUCCCCCUGAAGGAUUACGGCAUCCCGGGGCGUACCAACCUCGUUGAGGCCCUCUCAGACAUGGCGAAAGAAGACGAUCGUGCCUCUGAUCACCUUGAUCACAACGACAUCUGGAUCGACCUCGAUGCUCAGAAGGGCAUCAUGAAGUUCACCCCUCGGCGCAAGCCCGACGUUCAGGUCACAGUCGAAGCUACUGACGAACUCAUCAAUGAGCUCCAGGCCGGUAUCGUCGAGGAUUGGUUCACUGAGGAGGGAAUCCAGCGUCGAGCCAUGGAAGCUCUUCACUCCUCUGUUGAGAAGUGGCUCGAGAGAACUGUUGAGCCUGAGCUUGCGUUCUCCUCAUCUUCUGAUGCUCACUCUGCUUCCUCCAAUGAAUCUUCUGGUACAAUGGCCAAUUUCUAUCGACUUCCCAAGGACGAGACUCUCAAGACCACAAAGUUCACUGCUCCCAUCUUUGAUGAUGAGACUUUCUUGACCGCUCACGAUGACGCUAACCUGUCCUCGGCUAUCUUCUGGGGGAACUGGGGCAAGGAUUCUGGCUAA